AUGUCGUCUGAUUUCCAUGCACAUAUCUCCCUCAUUACCAUUACAAUCUAUAUCCUCUCUAUCAUUAAACUCGUCCACACCACUUCAAGUGAUGUCGAGUGCCUCAGAGCCGUAAAGUCCUCCCUUCAAGACCCGUCAAACCAUUUAGACACUUGGAAUUUCGAAAACGGGACAAACACAUCGAUUUGCAGAUUCAACGGUAUCGAGUGCUGGCACGAGAACGACAAUAGAGUCCUCAACGUCAAACUCUCUGGAAUGGGGCUAAGUGGCAAUUUUCCCUUAGGCUUCUCGAAUUGUUCGUCCAUGACAGGACUCGACCUGUCGAGCAACGAACUCCACGGACAGAUUCCGGUUAACAUUUCUUACAUCAUCGGUUAUGUCACAUCGCUCGACCUCUCCUCAAAUCAGUUCUCGGGCGAGAUUCCCGAAAAUCUCGCAAACUGCACUUACCUCAACACACUCAAACUCGAGAACAACCGGUUGACCGGUCAAAUACCGAUGCGGAUUGGUCAGCUCGGCCGGUUGACGACGUUUUCAGUGGCGAGGAAUCGGUUGACUGGGCCUGUGCCCAACUUUUGGAAUGCCACAUUUGGGCUCGAUAGCUAUGAGGGUAAUUUGGGCCUUUGCGGUGGGAUUGGGCUGCGAAGUUGCCCGGGCCCGCCGGUGAAGGAUCGGAAUCCGGCGAUUGUUGGGGGAGUAGUUGGUGGGGUGCUCGUUGGGGCCAUGUGUGUGUUUGUUGGGAUGUACGUUUAUUUGUCAAGGAAGAAGAAGAAGGAGAAGAAGGAAGAGGACCCUCUUGGGAAUAAAUGGGCCAAGAGUAUCAAAGGCGCAAAACACGUCAAGGCAAGAUAA